AACGUGAGAAGUAAAGCCCUUAAAUUAUCAAACCAGUGCUCUGCGGUCCCUACCAACGUUAAAGAUAAAAGUAGCUUCGGUAGCCAGCACAUAUUAAUACCACAACCCAGUUUCACGUAACAUUUGUCUUAAUUUCUAUCCUCCUUGGGUUUCUCUACGUAUUUCUUUGCUGGUUGAGGAGUGAGGUAGUUACGUUGGUUAAAAGUAUUUGAAGAAAUGGCUUCGAAUGCAGCAAAAGUUCCGAUUUUUCGUGCCGUUACAAAAUGUGGUUUUUCUACACAAACAGCAGUGAAAGCAAGUCAAAAUUUAUCACGCAGAACUGAAGUGAAAACAGCAGUGCUAGCAAAUAAGCUGGUGAUAGCAUCUGUAGACAAUAAUUCACCCAUUUCUACAGUCACCGUGCUUUUCAGGGCUGGAUCCCGUUAUGAGCAGCAUGACUCUUUGGGAAAUACGCAUAUACUGCGAAUUGCAGCAGGACUUACCACAAAGGACUCCACACAGUUUGGCAUAAUUCGUAACCUGCAGCAAAUUGGAGCAAGCCUAAGUUGUCAAACUGACCGAGAGACAAUUGCUUAUACUCUUCAUAGCACCAGUGACAAUCUGGAAACUGGAUUGAAGUUUCUUGGCGAUGUUGCUUCUAAGCAAGUAUUCAAGCCAUGGGAAUUAUCUGAUAACAUUCCACGCCUGAAGUAUGAGCUGGCUAGUCUUUCACCAUAUGCACAGUUAUUGGAUUUACUGCAUAGAGCAGCCUACAGAACAGGGCUUGGCAAUUCACUCUUUUGCCCUGACUACCUUGUAGGUAGUCAUAGCACAGAAUCACUGCAGCAUUAUGUUAAAAAUCUUUUCACGACAAACCAUGCUGCUGUGGUUGGUGUGGGUGUGGACCAUGGUGAUCUGCUUUGCUUUGCACAAAACCUUGCACUGGAGAGUGGUGCUGGUCAAGUUGAAUCUGCAUCCAGGUACAGCGGAGGAGAUGUAAGACGAGAUACGGCAGAAAGCCUUGCUCAUGUGGCUGUUGCUGUGGAAGGCACAAGCCUGAAGAACACAAAAGAAGCUCUUGCUUUUGCAGUACUGCAGUAUGCUUUGGGUGUGGGUUCAUAUGCUAAGUGGGGUUCAAGUGCCUCCCCUCUAACCCGCGCUGUAGGUUCAGCUGUUGGAAGUGAUCCAUUUGCUGUGACAGCAUUUAAUGCCAGCUACACAGAUUCUGGACUCUUUGGUUUUGUAUCUUCUAGUCCAGGAAAUGUUGCCAGACAGGUAGUGGAAGCUGCAGUGAAACAACUGCGAAGUGGCAGUCUGCCUUCUGCUGAUAUAGCACGUGGCAAGGCUCAGCUUAAAGCAGCCAUUUUGUUUAACCAGGAAAGUAACUCUACACUAGCAGAAGACAUUGGAACACAGGCUGUGCUGCUUGGCAGUGUUCUUUCUGGUCCUGCUGCUGUUUCUGCUGUGAACAGUAUUACGGAUGCUGAAGUUAAUGCUGCUGCAAACAAGGUGAAGUCAGGGAAACUGUCUGUUGCAGCAAUUGGUAAGUUGGCACAUGUACCAUAUUCUGACCAACUGACAUAGAUGGAUGUGCUGUAGCGGUUGCAGGCUUCAGACUGUAAAUGCUUUAAGUAGGUAACUAAAGGAAUUUGUAUAUAGAGAAAGGUGUUUAAAUGUUCAUUCUAGAAUGUGUAUGCAGUUCUUUGAACACAAUAAAAUGCCAAAACAAAAAGCA